GACCUUGGAAGAACAUUUUUGUAGGAACCAGUUUGGUUCACUUGAUACCGCUGACGAUUGCUCAUUACAAACAUGACCGACCUUAGCAUUUCAAAAUCAGUAACCGAAUAUGGUUGUACCAAAAGCGCAGACAAACUUCAUCAGUAUAUAUGCGAUCAUUCACUGCGUCUGUCUGAAGCACAAAAGUGGUUAUUGCAGGAGAGUAGAAAACAUCCACUGUCAUCAAUGCUUUUCUCCAGUAUAGAAAUGCAACUUCUAUCGAAUUUGUGUUAUGCGAUAAAUGCUAGAAAGACACUUGAUGUUGGAACUUAUACUGGAUAUAGUGCAUUGUCUAUCGCGGAAGUAUUGCCGUCAGAUGGACGUGUAGUUGCCUUGGAUAAAACGGAUGAAUAUUUGAAAGACUAUUGUUUGCCAGCAUGGAAGAAGGCAGGUGUAGAAUCGAAAAUUGACUUCCGACACGGUUCAGAUGUUCAAAUACUACAAAGUUUGAUUGAUAAUGGAGAGAGUGAAACAUUCGAUUUUGCCCUGAUCGAUGGUGAAAAAGAAAACUAUAGUAAAUAUUACGAAUUAUGUUUAAAACUAGUUCGACCUCGUGGAAUAAUCGCCAUUGAUAAUGUUCUAUGGAGUCAGUUGGUGCUCAACGAGAAUGAUAACAGUCCUGCAACUAUCGGUAUAAGAGAAAUGAAUGAAUUGAUAGCUAGAGAUAACUCUGUUCGAAUUUCUCUCUUAAGAACUGGAGAUGGAUUGACAAUUGUUGUGAAGAAUUGAUUCAUGUUAUGACUGUUUUCAGAAUGGUUACAUCCAUACAGACAUAAAUACAUUUGAUUGAUAAACCGAAUUGCUUUGAUUGCUAUCACACAUAAAUAAAUAUUUCCCAUUACUAUGUUGUCAUUUUCAAUCAUCACUGCAUAUGUAUGUUGUUGUAAUAAAACAUUUCUAUGAAGGGUUUCUGUAUAUUACAUACCGUUUCAAUCAUUUUGUAAUUGGCACUGAACAUGUCUGAAUCUCUCAAAUGUGAGGAAAUUUGUAGGAUUGUGAGAUUCUCCUUAUAAUCUGUGGCAACAUGAAAGGUUGUACGGAAAAACCACAGGUUAGUGAAGAUUUGGGGCGUUCAGUCGACAGAUGUGAUGUCAGUAUGAAUAUGAGAAAGAUUCCGAUUGACGAUAGUCUGACGAUAGUUGAUGAUAUACACAAACCACAUGAGAAAUACUGAGUUUUCGUUUAUCUUCAGUAGACUAUAUGUUUUAUUAUUUGUUUCAGUUAAAGCAUAUGAUCGUAAUGUUUUCCUUGUCGCAGAUCAAAUUAUUUGGAAUUGCCACUAAACCGAAACAUGGAACUUAUCAGAAAUAAGAGCACAAUAAUGUGGCAGAUCUCCUUCAGAAGGAAUAGAAAAUAUUGAUUAUUAACUAUAUCGCAUACGAUCUGAU